UGCGAUAGCUAUAGCUCUAUUCCAAAACAACCCCUUUCUGCUGCAUAUGUAUGAGAACAGAACGAAAGUGUCGGGACGAAGUGUAGAAGCACCACGUACCACGGGCAAAAUAGAACGUGCUACAAAUAUGUGUGUCUGUGUGUGUUUGUAUCUGCGGUGUGUGUGGAAAAAUGUGGUUGAAAAUAUAGAAGGAAAAUUCGUUGAUCAAAAGCAGAUAUGCUUCGCGUCCCGCAGAUUCGAAGAACGUGCGGAAAGAAGGGUUGCUUGUGAAUGUGCCAUUUAAAAAAAAACAACAACACAGUGCUGUGAAGAUGAAGCAGCAACACAACAGUGGGCAACAAGGGAGUGAGGAUGGGAGGGUGAAAAUGCAUAAUUUUCUCACCCUUGAGCUUGGAUCAUUUUCGGCGAUUUUGGGUACUUGGAUGAGACGGCAAAGCUCGUCAGACACACACAUACACUACGAGCCAAAAAAAUACACACGAAAAAUCACGGCCUGCUGCUGCUGCCACUAGAAAAAGACCGUUGCGCGCGUAUCCGUAAUAGCGUUUGUCGAAGUGUGCUGUGCGCCGUGCUUUUUCGCUUUCUUCGUGCCAAAUUCAGUACGUGUGCGGAGGGGUUGUGCCGAUUGCGCGCGGGGGUUGGUUUGGUGUGGCGCGAGCAAAGUGUGUAAAAAUAAAAACGUGUCAAAGCGCGCUGCUUAAAAAAAAAGAAACAACCAACCCGCACACUGGUGUGGAUCUCCGCGCGUGUAUUUUAGUGUACCUUGGGCGGCUGUGGCACGGACGACUCAAAGCCCCCGGACGGAUGGUGUGGUUGAAUGCGCGAAACAGAGCGACAACGAUGGGUCACCAACGGAAGAAGAAGAAGAAGAAUGUGAUUAGGGGGAGCGGAAGUGGGGGGUUCGUUUUAUAGAAUACGUUACCGGAGCGGAGCAUGCAUGUUGAAGUGUUGAAGCCGACGGUCACUACCGGUUGCGUACUCGGUGUUGCGGAAGGUCUUCAUGGCGCGACGUACAAUCCGGAUGAAACAGCUGAUUUUCUUUUACUGCCUAAUAUGGAUCCGGGGAGUCGGGGACUUGAUCCAACUAUGGCGAUAACGGGGAGGGGGUGCUUGCUGUUUACAUUGUCCUCCGUUCGCUUGCUAUGGAGCGACUAUCAAGGAAGCACAAUCAUGCGUGCGUUCUGACAGCUGUCAAUUAGUUUAGUGGUUUGCAAGCGCUAAGUGUCGGAGCCGGUGACCUCACGAUGGAUACGUUCGUAAUGCUACUGUUCGCGCUGAUUGUGGUAGUGAUUUCGCUCGUGUUUGCGACCAAACUGAUCUACGACAAGUACGUACUGAAGAAGGGUGCUACGGCGACCGGUGGGACGGCUGACGGUGUCGGUACUGCUGCCACCGUGCCGGCCGGUACUGCGACACCGCUCGUGUCCGCCGGUGUGACUGCUGGGACGCGCGUCUCCGAACCGAAGGAGGUGCUCAGCAAGAAGGAGGCCAUUCUGUCCCAAGUUCGUAAUGGAGGCAGCGGUGGCAUGGGAGGUGGCGGUGGUGGUGCCAGAGGUGGUGGCGGCUUCGGUGGAGGAGCGAUGGGUGCCGCCAGCGGUCCCAUGAUCGCUCGCAAACGCAUUUCCCGCAUGAGUCCCGGUCCCGAGGCGCAAAAGAAGCGUCCGGUAAUACCACCUUCCAACAUUAAUGGCACUGAUCCGCAAAUCACGCAAUGGGCAAUCCAUCUGUUCCGCUGGCUGUACUCCGACCUGGUGGUGGUGAACAAGCUGCUCCAGGAUUGGGUGGCCACCGUCAACACGGCACUGCUGACGCACGUCGAGCAGCACGAAAUGAUAGUGGAGGUGGUGCGCGUCCUGCCGGAAAGUUUGCCCCCCAACAUGUCGAGCAUACUGUGCGAACCGACCGAUCAACCGAACGAGGUCGAGCUGCUGUUCGACGUCGACGCUACGCCCGUGCUGCAGAUCAAGGCAUUCAAGUCGAGCAAUCAAAAGACGGAAGUGUCCCACUACAAGGCAACGGUGGCCCGGCUGAAGUCACGCGUCAGCGUUAUCGUGAACUAUUUCGCACUGAAGGGAGAGAUGAAGCUGGAAGGAUAUCCUGAUAUCAAGAUCCAUCUGAACAGCAUUGGACCGUUGAAGACGGCUAACGCACAGGACGAGAAGAAGCAGAUCGAUCUCAUUACGGAGCUGCUCAUUGGUUCGAUGCGUGAUGUGGUGUACCCAGUUGACUUCUCCAUCUACUCCACCUGUCCGCGAAUAAUGGGCGAAGAGUCGGAGGAAGUCACCUCCGAUUAUGGCUACGGCGGUUACAGUGAUGGAUAUCGUGGCUAUCAGGAUGAUGCGUACGGUACCGGACUGUCGGCAUCCCCAAGGAAACUACUAGUCAAAGUGCUGAAGGCAGAAGGGCUGUUGAAGUGCUCACAGCCUUUCUGUGUGAUCGAGAUGGACGAACCGGCCCAAAAGCACCAGUCCGCCUCCAAGCUUGGCCAAAGCCCGUACUGGGAUGAAACCUUCCUGUUCGAUCUGUCGAACCACUCUACCGAACUCCUGUUCGAGGUGUACGAUACUGUAGCAGUAGCUGGUGGCCAAAAGUUCCUUGGACUGGGUCUGGUAGGAAUCGACGAGCUUGCCAGUGGUCCAGCCACAACACAAAUCCUGGAAUUGCAACCGCGACCUUACGAAACGGAAACCAUUACCGGUUCCUUAACGGUUGAGUUUGUCUUCAUCGAUUCACCACCGGUCCCGGCAGCCCGAAGACAGUACACCCAGCAGUCCUUCCACGCGAACGGAAUGUCCAACUUUGCCCGAGAUGCCGUCACGAGUACGCCCGGUCCGGGAAGUCCGGGCAAGACCGCAGCUAACCAGGCGAUGGUCAACGGAUCGCAGAGUAGCUCCCCGAUGUCACCUUCCUCACCGUCCAAGCAGCUGUCGAACAAGGCGCAGGCGAUGGCAGAGCGUAACCAACGGUUCCAGGCAGCCGAAGCUAACCGGAUGAACAAUUCCUUCCUCAAGCCGACCGCAACGGGUCAGCUGAACUCUCUCAACGGCAUGGGCAAAUCUGAAUCCACACCGGCAUCGCCGGCCCUCUCCUCCACCUCUGCCACCUCCCAGUCCAUGACGGCUAGCCUGAGCAACAGUGCGCCGGUGAGUGUAAACUCGGCGCCACCCGUGAAGAAGCCGCGCAACAUCUUCGGCACACUGCGCAACAAGCUGACGCCCUCGAAGAAGUCGAAAUCGCUGGACGUGCCCCAGUACAGCCCGACCACGCCCGGAGGUAACGUGCGGAGCGCAUCGUCAACGCUCAGUCGAGGAUCAUCGAUCGAUCAAAGAUCGAACAUUUUCCGCAACCUGUCACGCAAGUCGUCCAUCUCGGAGUCGUCCGCCAUCUCGGGUCUGUCGACGGGCAGCGGGCGAACGUACGUGCACGAGGAGUCGACGCUGCUGCUCGAAACGACCGAGAACAACGUGGUGCGCCACUAUCUCGUGCCGCUCGAGGUGGCCACCAAGCAGAAGAACUGGAAGCGCAAGGGUACCAAGCUGCACAUCUACAACGAUCACACGUUCGUGGCGAAACACAUCCCAGGUGGCAUCCUGUGCUUUGUCUGCAACCGCAGCAUACCGAGGCGCCCGGGCAAGCAGGGCUACGAGUGUCGGGACUGUGCGAUCCAGUGCCACAAGCCGUGCCACGUGCGGGCUCCCCAGGCCUGCCCGAACCCGAAAAUACUGUCCAUGCAGCUGUCUUCACUACCCGUACUUAGAGAUUAGUGUGGGGGCCGGCACACCAACAACCGAUGAACCGAAAAACAGAACCCUCCUCCCCCUUUGCUGCGUACGCUCUUGCCGUUUUGUUGUACCACACACCUUGUUACUCGCGGGUCGCUCUCUGCAUCACUCUUUCCCCACAUGUGUCGAACUCGAUCGAACAUUUUGGCUUCUUAUAGUCUUUAUCUUUUUGUUAAAUGUUCUAAAAGGAAAUCAUUUUUUGGGCUUCCUUUAGAAGAAUUAAAUGGAAAAUAAGCCAAAACAGUCGUAGAGAGUAACUGCUUCAGAAAGCUUCCUUCCCGUACAUCCCCCCGCAUUGCAACUUUCCAACAAAUCUGCGAACCGUUUCUUUGCGGUGGCCCUGGACACACUAAGGACACACCAGUUUCCCCCAAAGAGACCUCCCCGGGGAACGGACAACAAACAACUCUCUGCCAAAGGAGCAUUUAUACAGAGAAAACAACUACUACCACUAAUAGAUCGGCUAAAGGACGCUAAACGGCUAGUGGAAAAGAAAAGCAAAAGCGGAGAAGAAAGUGAAAGGAACAAAAAGCACACAACAAGUUAGGAUAAGCAAAGUGUAUCAUUCGGGUAACGAAAUGAAUCAACGCAAACAAAAACAAACGAAAAAAACGGGAUACAAAAAUGGGGAAAUUUAAGCUGCUGCUUAUUUUUGCUACAACGUAUUUCAUUAAUCAAAACUUCCUGCAAAAAAAGUGUAAAAAUGGCUAAAACUCUAAAACAUAUAAAAAGAAGAAACCAAUCCUCUCGAACGCUACAGCGCUUUCUAAGACAAACUCUAUAUGAAAACGAUCUUUCGAAAACAAAAAGCAAACGUAUAACAGAAUAUAACGAUAGGCAUGUUGCGUUGCGAACCGUUUGAAUGCACCUGUGUUUGUGCCCGCGCAACAGGCUUUUGCUCGCGCAGCAAAUUCGUCUUUCUCGCACACUGUGUUUCAACAUUAGCUCUCUUUUUCUCACGCUUUCUUCUAAACCUUUUACCUCUCUACUGCUCUUUGUAACGUUUCUCUCGUGUUAAAAGAAUACAUUUUCUAUAAUAUAGUCAACAAAAAAAAAAGGUUAACAUUGUACAGUACAGGAUGAGGGUGAGGGACGACGCGCGUACAACUAUGUUCGGUUUAGUAUAGCAGCAUGUGUUUAGAAGGAAAACAGUGCCUAAUGGAUUAUGGGUUACAGCGAGGAUCUGAGCGUAUUAGUCAUUACAAUGUAAGAACAACCCGUGGGCGCCAGGGAAUGGUAGAAAGUGGUCCCGACAAAAAGUCCAGGUAUAAGUGGAAUUCAUAUUAAUUUAUAUCUAACACUAGGGGAAGCAGUACAGCGUAUCUGAAAUGGUAGGGCAGAGAUUGAAAUUUUCAAAUCGUUUCGUUCGACAAAACAGAAACCAUGCUAAAUACCUCUCUCUCGAAUCUGUAUACCGUGUGACCAAAAACCGUGAUUACAAUCAGCAAACAACAGUGCAGUGGAACCGAUUGAACGAUUUUUUGUUUGCAAACGAUAAAACGAAUCAAGGCUUUAAUUAAGUGCAUCAAAUGCAGCUAAAUCAAAAUGUUGACCGUUAGAUAGGUCCGUUUAGUUUGUCACGUUGUUAACACGCUUCCGCCGAUCCCGUCACAGAGCACAACAACACAGUUUCGUUUUUUGUAGAUGUUUCUGUUACUGCGAUGUUUUGUAUUGUGUACGAUUAUGUUGCUUUUAAUACGUUUACUAAUGACUAUUGUUAUGCCCGUUACGAAUCUGAUUUGUGAGAUGAUCACGUUGUGUUGAAAGGUAAUGAAACGUUAAUUUAACAAACAAACAAAACCCGAAUAAAGUCAGUUAAAGGUGAAAGUGUCAAUGAAUAAACGUUAAUAUUGUUUAAAAUGA